AGAAAAUGAAAAAAUUCAUGGUUUGGUAAAAUGAUUGCCAAAAAUAAUGAACAAUGAACUAAUGAGAUAUUUAUGGUUUAUGACAAGUUAUGUGUUCGAUUGAUAAGAUUGAUAUUAGGUAGUCCUGAAUCGUUAUUUAAGAUUUUGUUCAUAAAUUUUUCUUUAAUUUUCCUCUAGUUGAUCAGUAUAGCAAUUUUCUUACGUGCUUAUGUGUUGAAUUAAUGAUUAAGUGUAUCUAACAUGAUUAGUGAUAGUAAUUUCUGAACACGUAUUACAAUUCAUCAGCGGUUUCAAGCAGGUCAUUUGUGGAAGAAAUCAUAAUUUAUUCAAAACUUUAUUAUGGGCGACGAAAGUACCAGAGACGAAUUUUUGGAACCAUCCUUAAGGAACGUAAUAGAACAAAAAUCACUGAAAUGGGUAUUUGUAGGUGGUAAAGGAGGAGUUGGAAAAACCACGUGCAGUUGUAGUUUGGCUGUUCAGUUAUCCCGAGUUCGAGAACGAGUUUUGAUUAUAUCGACAGAUCCUGCUCAUAAUAUAUCUGAUGCAUUUAAUCAGAAGUUUUCCAAAGUUCCGACUAAAGUCAAUGGCUUCCCUAAUUUGUUUGCCAUGGAAAUCGAUCCCAAUGUGGGUUACAGCGAGCUUCCAGAGGAGUACUUUGAAGGAGAAAAUGAUGUUCUAAAAUUAAGCAAAGGGAUUUUUCAAGAAAUUAUCGGCGCCUUCCCUGGAAUUGAUGAAGCGAUGAGCUAUGCUGUUGUUAUGAAAUUAGUAAAAGGAAUGAAUUUCUCUGUGGUGGUAUUUGAUACUGCUCCCACUGGCCACACGUUGAGAUUAUUGAGUUUUCCUCAAGUGAUGGAGAAAGGAUUAGGAAAAUUGAUUCGAUUAAAACAAAGUAUAGCACCAUUUUUAUCGCAGUUUGCCAUGUUAUUUGGUGUAAACGAUCAAACCUCUGACUCGGUGAGCAAUAAAAUGGAAGAAACAUUGGAUGUUAUUCGGCAAGUCAAUGAUCAAUUGAAAGAUGCAGACCAAACGACUUUUGUCUGUGUAUGCAUAGCGGAAUUUCUUUCGCUUUACGAAACUGAACGAUUAGUUCAAGAAUUGGCGAAAUGUGGCAUCGAUACCCACAAUAUUGUAGUUAAUCAAUUGAUAUACCCUUCGGACAAGGAGAAACCUUGUAAAUUUUGUUCAUCUCGCAUCAAAAUUCAAACCAAAUAUAUGGACCAAAUUACUGAUUUAUAUGAAGACCUUCAUGUUACUAAAUUACCUCAGCUGGAUCGGGAAGUUCGUGGUCCUCGUGAAAUCGAAGAAUUUUCUGAACAUCUUGUCACUCCUUAUGUACCAAAUUCUUCUUAAUGGUUAUAUUUUAAAUGUUAUACAUUUCAUGUUGAUUAUUUAACAUUCUAUUUAUUAUCCUUAUCAAGUUAAUGUAAUUUCAAAAAAUAUGGUAUUUAUUGUGUUUGUUCUGCAUGGCUAUGAUGCUGGAAAUACAUUUUAAUGAAGUCUGGUGAA